AUGUUUUUCUUCGGAUUUGGAAUAUUCGGAGGCCACCACUUUUAUUUAAAACGAGACCGACAUGCCUUCGUACACUUCGCAACAAUCAGCUGCCUGGGGAUCUGUCUGAUUUAUGAUUUCUUCCACAUACCUGGCUACGUGCGAUUGGAGAAUAAUUUGAGAUUUAAUCAGCCUAUUGCCUUCUUUGAUCCAAAUGAACGACCGAGUUUCAACAUGACGAGAUUUAUCUGUCAGAUUUUAUUCGGCGCAUACCUGGGAACGUUGAGCUUGGCCAUGUUCCCCGUGGAAGCGUUGGAAGAAUAUUAUUUUCAUAUAAUAAUUCUACACGCUAUUGCAGUUACAAUUGGUGUGCACACGAUAGCCAACAUUGGCUCAGUGAGAUGUUCUUUAGGGAGUUGUUUCGUGGGGUCUGCCCUCGUCAUACCCUACGCCUACCUCGUUCUUGACUCGAAAACCAUCAACAACGCCAUCUUUCUGUCGGCUCUCUCCUCGUCUUUUGUAGCCCUCCAAAGAGGCUGGAAGUACGCAUCAACCAAAGAUAUCAAUGAUCGAAACGUCCUCAUCAGAUUCAUCUUCGUAUAUGCCCUGGGCAGUUUGCUGUUGACCGCUACCUUUUCAGCCAUCUACUUCAACACUCGAAUUGUGACGCAGGGAGGGAUGAAGGUACCGCUGAGUGACUACGUGGCCAGGGAGCUGCCCUGGGAAGAUUUGAAGGCCGGUAUCAGAAAGCUGACGGAAACCCUAAAAGAACAGGGGUUUGUUGAGUUCGUCCUUCGCUCACUGGAGAUGUUGAGUGUGGAUGGAUUCGAUCAGGAAGCAUUCAAGGUACUUGAGCUGGAUGAAAAUGCAACCGAGGAACAAGUCAUUUCCCAGUAUAGGAAACUUGCCAGGAAGUACCACCCAGAUAAGUACGUGAAGAGUAACCCAUGGGAGAAAAAGUGGGCCGAGAAACAAUUUAUUCUGGUGCGACAGUCGUACGAACAGGUGCUUCCGUACGUUCGGAGGUAUGGAAUGAGCUCUGCAUCUAAUAAGAGGAAUAACAAAACAGCUGCUACUGAUGUUCAUCAUAAUGUCAAGGAUGAAUUGUGA